AUGGCCGCGCCGUGCAUCGCACGCCCGCGUCAGCAGCAGGCCCUCCUGGAGCAGCGGCAACGGCCGGCCGGCUCCGUCGCCAACACCUCCGGCUGCUGCGCACUGCGCCCGUCCGGCUUCGCGGCGGCCAUCUCCGGCUUCCGGCACGACCAACAUCAUGUGGGCACCAGCAGAGCCGCAGCACCAUCACCAAGCAGGCUCCGCGUGAAUUCCGUCGCCGCGGCCAGCUCCGGCUGCCGCGCACUCAAGGCCGGCCCUGCAGCGUCGCCGGCUCCGCCCAACCUCAUCGCGGCCGGCUCCCGCGUGGUCUCCAAGUCCGGCUUCCGCCCCACAACAGCCACCUCUGGCUCGGGCUUCCGCAGCCGCAUCCUCUCGAGCACGCCAGCCCCUCGACCGCACCAGCUGCGACCUCCGGCUGCACCUCAGCGCUCCUCUCCAAGCAACAGCAGCACCGCGCCCACGCCGCCUCGCCGCGUCCGGCCCCUGUUGCGACGCGCGACGCCAAGUCGUGCACCCCCGCCGGCUGCGCAACGCCCUAGCCGGCUCCGUUCUUGCCGGCAGCAGCGCCGCGCCCACCGCCGGCUCGCGCCAUGGACGGCUCACCGCUGUGUCAUACGGCUGCGCCACGCCAUCGCCGCCCACGCAUCGCCGUGGCCGGCUCCUGCGCCGCCCGGCUCCCGCGUCGGCAGCACCACCUCCGGCUCGGCCGCGCCUAGCGCGCCCUCCGGCUGCGCCCCGCCACAGCCACCUCCGGCUGCUCCACGCAGCCCCGGCCGGCUUCGUCUCCAACUCUGA